CGCGUGAAGUUGUUGUAUUGAAAUAAAUCUGUAUAUUCCGUAGUCCACCUUCUCACAAGAGUCAGGGGCACAUAGCUUCAUCAUAUACAAAGCUAGAUAAGGAGAAAGAGAGAGGGCUCUUGGGCUUUGAGAAUCAUAUUAUGAGGAACUGUGAUGUAUUCCUCAACUUUAGAGGUGAGGAUACCAGUAGCAACCACUUCACAAGCCAUCUUUUCACAUCUUUAGAUCAAAAGAAGAUCAAGACUACUUACAUAGAUCAUGAGAAAAGAUUCGACGGAGGGGAGGGAAUAGAUAUAUCAUCUACGGUGGUUGAUGCAAUCCAAAAGGCAAAGGUUUCGAUAAUCAUUUUCUCAAAAAACUAUGCUUCUUCGUGGUGGUGCUUAAAUGAACUUGUGCAUAUAAUGAAAUGUCACCAAGAAAUCAAUCAGAUUGUUCUGCCCAUUUUUUAUGAAGUGGAUCCAUCUCAUAUACGAAAACAAGGAGGAGACUAUAAAGAGGCUUUUCGGCUACAUGAAGAACAGUUCAAGGACAGACUGGAUGUGGUGGGCAAAUGGAGAACUGCUUUGACAAUGGCGGCUAAUCUAUCUGGGUGGAGUUCUCAAGGAAUCAGGCCCGAGGCCAAACUCAUAAAGGAAAUUGUUGAAGACGUUAUAAGUAAAUUGGGACGUUUAUCGUCAAGCAAUGGUUUCAAGUGGUUAAUAGGAAUUGAAAAACACAUUAAAGAAAUCAAGCUGUUGUUAAACGAUACCAAAGGCUCAUCAAAUGUUGGUAUAGUGGGCAUUUGGGGAAUUGGUGGCAUUGGAAAAACAACUCUUGCUGACGCAGUAUUCAGUCGUUUCUUUCACCAAUUCGAAAGUUGUUACUUUCUUAAAAAUGUUAGGGAAGCAUCCGAAAGAUAUGGAUUGGAGAGACUAAGGAAAAUGCUUAUUUCAAAAUUACUUAAAGAAGAAGAAGAAAGCCUAGAUUGGGGAGCACCAUCUCUUCCAGACUACAUUAGAGACAGACUUCGUUCUGCGAAGGUCCUCAUUGUUCUUGAUGAUAUAAGUAACUCAAUGCAAUUGGAAUACUUAAUUGGUGAUCGUUAUAGUGAGAAUGACCGAUUCGGCAAUGGGACUAGAAUCAUAGUAACAACUAGAGAUGCAAAAGUUUUAAGAGCUAUUGAAGCUAAUGAAACCUACGAGCUUAAGCAAUUAGAAGAUGGUGAAGCUCUCAGGCUUUUCAAUUUGGUAACUUUUAGAGGAAAUGGUCCCACGAAAGAUUAUGUAGAGCUAUCAAAAAAGGCUGUCAGAUAUGCCGGACACAUACCUUUAGCUAUUAAGGUUUUGGGCUCUCACCUUCGCACACUUUGUUCUCCUAGCAAAGGGAAGUGGGAGAUGACAUUGAAUCGGUUUAAAGAAGUUCCCCUUGAUGACAUUCAACAUGUGUUACGAACAAGUUUUGAUGGACUAGAUAGAAUAGAGCAAGAUAUCUUUCUUGAUAUUGCAUGCUUUUUUAAAGGGAAAUGUAGAGAUUUUGUGGAGAAUAUACUAAACAAAUGUGGUUUUUAUGCAAGUAUAGGAAUAGAUAAUCUCAUUGAUAGAUGUCUCGUAACUAUCGAUUGUUUCAAUGACGAGCUUUGCAUGCAUGAUUUGGUUCAAGAAAUGGGUUGGAGAAUUGUUCGCCAACAAUCACAAGAUCAACUUGGAAAGCGGAGUAGGUUGUGGAUUCCUCAAGAUAGCUAUAAUGUCCUAAAAAGUAAUGAAGGGACUGCAAAUAUUCAAGGAAUAUUUCUUGACUCAUCUAAAGUGUAUGAUGAGGCAGAUUUGGCACCUACAGUUUUCAAAGAGAUGAGUGACCUGAGAUUACUCAAAAUUUUCAACUCUUACAACAUCAAGAAACGCAAAGUUCAUCUUCCUCAAGGUCUUGAGUAUUUUCCUCAUUCACUUAGAUAUCUCAAGUGGGACAAAUAUCCUUUACAAUCUUUACCAUCAACUUUCAAGCUUCAGAAUCUUGUUGAACUCGAUAUGCCUUACAGUAAGCUGAAGCAACUUUGCAACGAUGUUCAGUAUCUUGGAAACUUGAAAAGUAUUGAUCUUAGUUGCUCUGAGCAACUAACUCAAUUUCCAGAUCUCUCUCGUGCACCAAAUCUUGAGAGAAUAAACCUUGAAUCUUGUACAAGUUUGAUCCAAGUUCCUUCUCAGAGUUUGCGAAACCUUAACAAGCUUACUGAUCUCAAUCUGAGCUACUGUGAAAAUCUCUGUAGUCUUCCAGACACAAUUGAUGCAAAAGCACUCAGAACUCUUAAUCUUGAAGGCUGCUGUAAAAUUAAAAGUUUUCCUGAGAUAAUUGGAAAUCUAGUGUCUUUAGGCUUAGGCUCUCUUGAAGUGAAUGAAUUACCCUCAUCAAUUUGUCAUCUCAAAAAUCUUUCUUCUUUGAUUAUCAAAGACUGCAAUCACCUUAGAAAUCUUCCAACCAGUUUUCAUAAGCUUGAAUCCUUGGAAUAUUUCGAGCUUCGUCACUGCUCAUCUUUUGAUAAGUUUCCUAAUCUUCCAAGGAACAUAAAAAUACUAGACUUUUGCGGGACAGCGAUUGAAGAAGUUCCUGCCUCUUCAAUUAACUGUCUUCCUGACCUCCAAAGUAUCAAUCUUUCUGACAACAAAAGGUUAGAGUGUCUCCCAAUCGACAUUUUUCAAUUGAAGUCUCUUAGCAAUAUUUAUCUUUGUCAAUGCUCAAAUUUGAAGAACAUCCCAGAAAUCAUGUGGCCUGUGGAAAGCUUAACAGAACUUUACUUAAGGGGAACUGGGAUUGAACAAUUACCAUCAUCUAUUGGUUAUCUGAGUAGUCUUGUGACAUUAGACCUAGAUUCAUGUGAGAAUCUCAAGUCUAUUCUGGACAACAUUUGCCAAUUGAGUUGCCUUAAUCAACUCAUUCUUACUAAUUGCUCAAAACUUGAAAGUUUGCCUCACUCUAUUAGUUUACUUUCUUUGACUUCACUAGACCUUAGUGAGUCUAACAUAUUAGAAAUCCCUUCAAGCAUCAAACGGCUUUCUACAUUGGAUUCUCUUCACAUAAAGAAUUGUCAGAACCUUCAAUAUUUACCCGAGCUUCCCUUGUCUUUGGAGUUUCUUGAUGCAAGAGGAUGCACAUCACUGCAAAUGGUGUCAAAUUCACAAAUGGAACUCACACAAGGCCAUGGCAAUGACUAUCAUACAAGUGACCAAACUACUGAGUGUUUAUUAUUUUUGGAGUGUAUACAAUUGGAUCAGAAUGCACAUAACAACAUUGUAAUUGAAUUCCAGCUUAGAGUUUUGCGCAUGGCUAUAGGAUUUGAACCGCAGGAAGAAAUCGUGGAUUGGGACUCUGCAGUUAACAUGUGCUGUCCUGGAAGUGAAAUUCCAAACUGGUUCAACUAUCAAUUUGAGGGGCCUUCAUUUAGUAUGAUGCUUUCUCUAGAAUGUGACGAGUCUGACUUCUUGGGCUUUGUAGUAUGCGCUGUUGUUGCAGAGGACUCAUAUUCUGACGUAAAAAAUAUGGAUUUUCUUUGUGAACUCCUUUUGAAAACCAAUGAUGAUGCAAACCAAAAAUUUCUUUGGAACUUCAAUGAAUUUGAGUCUGGAUUUGAGGCAGUCCCAAAUUUCAGCUCAGAUUACCUGUUCAUGUGGUAUCAACAUAAGUAUUACAAUCAUUGUCUUGAUGCCAUAGAGGCAUCAUUUGACUUCUUUUUCGGAAAGUUUAGUUAUUGGGAACAAGGUCAUGUGAAGUCCUACAAGGGCAAUGUGAAAAGGUGCGGUGUCCACUUAUUAUAUCGCCAUGAAGCAGAGAAAUUUGGUUUCAUCAAGAAUCAACAUGUAGUUGAGCCUGAACUAAGUGGAUGUAGAACUGAUGACUCUAUCACAGAAGCACCUAAUCCUAAAAGGACUAAAUUUUCCACUGCUCAACUUUCUUAAAGGAAUUACUAUUCAUUUCUUUUAUAUUAUUACAUAAUUGACAUCGCCGUCUAAACACUUGUGCAUGUAUAUUUAUAGUUUUAAUGUUGUCAGUCUUCUGUAUUACAUAAAAAUAAGGAUAUUAUGGGGUGCUGAUUUUAUACAGCUACUUUAAGGAAAAUAUAUUAUAUUGCAUAUAAUUCCUGCU